UUGGGAUAAACGUUCAAAUGUGAGCUUGAGUGUACAUACCGUAAAAUGGUGUGAAAAUUAACGUUGUGGAAAAUGAUUAUCGUACUUUUUCAUGUGCUUUACCUUCUCGGGAAAUAUAUCUACCAGAGCUAUUGCAGUGAGCAACGAAAAACAGAGAGUGAUAUCGUAAAAGAACCGGAGGAGAGGCACUACAUCUCUGAUGGUUCUGCGAUUGCCGCUGAGAAGAUAAAUUCUUUAACACAGGAUUUCGGUGACAUUAGAUUUUUUCCUCCCGUUUACAUUCAGAGAUAUGAAAGCGUCACGAAUGUCCUCACGGAUUCUCGAUAUCAUGGAAAAUUACACAAGGUGGUUGAUUUUGGAUGCUCAGAACUUGGUUUCUUCAUUUAUUUGAAACGCAUAAAAGGAAUAAGAGAGGUAUUAUGUGUCGACGUGGAUAGGGAAAUCCUUGAGAUACAUAAGCGGAAGGUUGUUCCACUCUAUGCAGAUUUUCUUCACAAAAGAGAAGAUCCUCUUAAAGUCCAUGUAUAUGAAGGCAGUGUCACACACAGAGAAAAAAAGCUGGAAAAUUGUGAUGCUGUUGUCUGCAUAGAAUUGAUUGAACAUUUGUACCCGGAUACAGAAAUAGAUCUUCCUUAUAAUAUUUUUGGAUACAUUAAACCACAAGUUGCAAUUAUAACAACUCCUAAUGCAGAUUUCAAUGUAUUGUUUAAAAAUUUAUCUGGAUUUAGACAUCCAGAUCACAAAUUUGAGUGGACGAGGCAGCAGUUUCAAGAAUGGUCAUGGAAUAUUAUUUCACGGUACCCUGAAUAUGAAGUAUCGUUUCAUGGUAUUGGUUGUGGACCAUCAGGUACUGAACCUUUCGGAUGUUGUUCACAAAUGGCAGUCUUUCAUCGCCAUUCUGAAUACAUAGGUGCAAGAAUAGAAGGGAUUGAAGGAUUAUUUAAAGAAGUGAUUUCAGAUGAAUAUCCAGUUUGUAUUGACAAUCGUUCGGACGCAGAGAAAAUAUUACAUGAGGCUACAUAUUAUAUUCACCAAAUUGCUUCAUGUGAUGAAGACAUGUCCGAGGAAGUUCCACUGGAAAGUCUAUUGCUGUAUAUGGGAUCUUUAAAUAUUUCAUUAGAGAUCCUCAAAGAGAUUCUUGAACAAGCUGAAUGGGCUAUUGUGGAACGGGAAAAUGGACCUGUUGUCUUAAUACCACCACAAUCAACAUUUUCUGAUUACGAUAAUAUAGAUAUUGCAGACGAUGAAUAUGAGGACCAACAGGAAGAGAUACCAAUGAUAUAUACUAAUAAUACUGUCGGUGAAGAUUGGAACGAUGAGGUAUGGAAUGAAGAACCAAUAGUAGAACGUGAAAAUGGAUCGAUUGUCUUAGAACAAUCAAUAUUUUCUGAUUGUAAUAAUAAACAAUAUAAUGGAAGAUUUUCUCCUGUAAAUGAAAUGUAUCAAUCUGAGAAUACGUGGAGUACUGAAAACUUUGAUACAUCUGUUAAUAUUGUCAAUUUAACAGAUGAAAGCAAUUAUGCUGCCAAUAAUUGUCAAGCACAAGACCCAGAUGAAUUUGAAGUUGUGACCAAUUCAAGUUGCUCCUUGGAAUCAAGUUUUUCCCAGAACGUUCUUGCUUCUAACUUACAGGAAUCUUCUCUCCCUGGUGGCAGAACUACACCAGAAAAUAGAUUACCUUCUCUUUGUAAUGAACCGACUACAAUGCAUGCACAAAAUAAGGACAAUUUAUGCCAAACUACUUUUUCUUCUUUACAGUGUAAUUCAAUUGCACAAGAAAACAGUCUUGAAACAUCACGAGCCGCUAUAUCAUCUUGUGAUGUUGUGGAUGGUAAUAACGAAAAUUUAAGUUUAGAUGUUCAAAAACCAUUCAACAACGUAUCUCGAAAAGGUAAAUUGAAACUACUUUCGUGUGCAAAAAAAACUGAGUUUAAAAAAACUGCUGAGGGUAAUCUAGAAGGAGAAGAAGAAGAAACUAGUAUACAGAGUCAAUUUUCGAUGAAUUCUUCUUGUCAGAAUAAACAGAGUGCAAAGCCUAAUAAAAGGCAGUUGGAAAAUGGUGAUACUUUUCUCCAAGGGAGCAAUGAAAAUCUACAUGAAUGUGGAAUUUUCAAUGAUCACAAUAGUUCCUGCAGUGUACACAAAAGGAUGCGACAAAACACCAACAGAAAUGUACAUACUCAAAGUGCUAUUGAUACAUCGGUCAAACAUACUGUAAUAGAAGCGUGUAGCGAUCAAGACAGUGGUUACAAAGAUACAGAAUCGAAUAUGUUGAGAUUCAAGUUUGAAGAUAAAAGUAUUCUACAAGGCCAUGAAAUAAAAUUAGACUCUACUUAUUCUUUACUUAGUCUUGCUAACUAUGGUUCAAGUUCCCAUCCAACGUACAUAAGUUCACCACGCACAUGCGGAGAGAACCAAAGCUCUGGUAAUAUCCAGCAAUCUGCAUGUAGGAAUUGGUGUCUAACCGAAGGAGCUACCGAAAGUGAAAAUGAACCUUCAACUGGCACCGAUGAUCUUAUUAAAUUGAUUCACGAAUCUGUUAGCAUAACGUCCGGAGAGUCAAAUAGCGUAGGCCAAUUGGAAAGUUCAAGCCUCACUUCACUGCCUAGUAGCGAUAACAUCAGUGAUUGCACUUCAUCUAGUAUUAGCUGUAAUAUGAUGGAUAAAUGGUACCAAUUGGAAAAGAAUCCUAUGUAUCAACGAGAAGCAGUAAUGCUAAAAGGUGGAAAUGACGAUGCUGACCGUCCUCUUGAUGAAAUCACCUCGGACAGUGACUUGGCCUUAUCGGAAAGUAAUCAAGGUAAAGAGAAAGAAGUAUCGAAACAUAUACAUCAAGUGAAAGAAGGACCUAGUAAUUGGACUUGUAGGAGUCAUCAACCAAGAAUCCUUCUGGAUGAAGCCUCUGCAACAAAAGAUGAUGAAAGUCAUUCAUUGGAAUCACAAGGAAAAGAAUCGAACCAUAGUGAAAAGAUAAGUAAUAUGCUCGAUGGCCUGUCUGAAAGUGGCUUAAGGUUAAACAAUUUAUUAAAGACUUGUACUACAGAUCAACAAGAUCAAUUAAAACAAAUGAAUCAAGAAAGAAGAAAGAAUGAGGAUACCAAAACGAUUAAAGCUGCAAAAGAUACGGAUGUUUCUUCCAUAGAUUUUACAGAAAGUCUAUCAAAAGUAGAAGGAAAGAUGUCAGGUAAAAAAAGUAAUAGGAAAGAAAAGGUGAAAUCGACAGGUAGUGACAUUCUAGUCCUGCGUUCAGAGGAUCUGGUUUCUUCUAGUGUAUCCACUUCAGAUGUUGACAUUUCUUCAAAGAGGAAUAUGGAUGCUAUCUCUAGUGGAACAGUUGAUGUUCUCAGUACGAAUAACGAUAGCUUAAAGGCUAUUGCUGACUACGUUAAAGCAGCAGAUCAAGAAUGUUUACAACCUGCGAUACAUAUCACCAAAGAUAUUACAGACAGGAUGGAAGAAGCAAAAAAUAAAUUGAAAACCGUUUUCGAAGAUAUCGAAAGAUUGGCAGGCACGAUUCCUUUACCAAAGGAUUUGCCAGAAAGAUUACAGGUUGAUUUAAACUUGAGUGCAAGUUCUUGCGGAUCGCAGGAUAGACUCGAUACUUCUCUAGGAGAAGACACAAUAGAAGCAUUAUGUCCAGUAAAAGAUUUAGGACUGACUGCGGAUUCAAUACAUCUCGAAACAAGUGCAUCGCGUGAAAGUUGCAGAAACGUAGAGUCGGUGACAUGCAAAGAGAGCACAUCUUCGACUCAACCCUCUGCUGCCAAACCCAAAGAUACCAUUCGGUUCAAAACGUCCGAAUCAGCAAAGGACUUUGCAGAGCAUGCUGAAGUAAAACCAAUAUCUCCGGAAGUUACGGAAACUCCACCUAAUAGUUGGUCUCCAGAAAUCAUGGACUCUGGUUACCCAAAUUCAGCGUCAGCUCAGGACAUGACUCCAGAGUAUGACCUGUCUAGCAUAGGUAUCGACAGGAUAUCAGACUCCGAAUCACCAAUUGCAGCUGAAAUGCCUCGAUUGGGCUUCGCAGAGUUAGCAGAAGUGGAGAACGGAGACCUGGCAAACAAUAAUAGAGAUGGGGAAGGUAAUAAUGUUAUGGCAGCAGAAGCCAAUGACGAUUUCGAAGACCUCCAACCACUUAUAGAUGUCCUCGAGAAUGACAUGGAGAAUGAAAAUGAUAUUUAUGUUUUGGAAAACGGGUUUCCUCUGUGGUUACUUAGAAUACUGGUAAUGGCCAAUCCCAUCGAUGCGGAUGGUGGUCCAGAAUUUGAACGAGCCGGUGAAGAAGCAGCAGGUGGCGAUGCACCCAUUAUGCAUAUAGAUUCAGACGAGGGUUUUGACAGUAGUUCAUCGGAAGAUGACAGCGACGAUGAGAUUGGCGAUGACAUCGUAAAUCCACAAGGUGUCAAUGAAAUCGAAGACGCAGACGAUGUCACCACGCAGUCAAGUGAUGUUACCGAAAACGAGAGUUUAGGAAGUCUUAGAAGAGACUGGAGGGCUGGGGGAGAUCCAUGAAUGAUUUAACGAAUCUUUUUAAAAUCAGAGGUCUAAUCACCCGAUGAGCUACGCUCGCCGGAUGCUUCGCAUUCCAAAGAAUGCACAUCUUUUGAGAAAUCAUCGACAACUUACAUAAAUAACUGAUUGACACUUAUCUAUUCAUACAUCUUCGACGAAGACAAGGUGGAUUUAAUUUUAGUUUGGCAGUAUGAAUACAUGUCAUCAAAGUAAAUGUCACAAGUGAUUUGAGACUCUAAAAUAAGAGCUUCAAAGUAAGCUAUUCAGUUAUUCAACCAGUGAGAACUGGCAUUAACUUCUGACAUGCCGAAGAUCUGUUGACGUAUCGUUAUUUUUGCAAUUCGCCGAAUUUUGAAACUGCGCAUACUGUUAAGAAAUUAAGAGAUAAAUAUCACAAUAGAUUCUGUAUUUUUUCUUACGACAGUCGUGUUUCAGUAUCUCUCUUUUUUUUAUUAUUAUUUAUAUCCUCUCGUAGACGUUUUAUAGAUACACAGUUUAACUAUCGUAAUUUGCCAAAGUUUAUCGGCUCGUUAUUUCUUGGUGUAAAUGCGAUUUGUGUUCUGUUAAUGAAAUCGUUCAUUCGCGCAAGAAGGUUUACUUAUGUUGAGAUAUGUUUUUAGAAACACUUAGAUUAAUGCGUGUAAAAUGUUCUAAGACUGAAACUGCAUAUCGUUCCGCUUACGAAAUGAUAUGAAGACUUUCCACAAAUAAAUAGUUGUUUUAGGGGA